AAGCACGAAACUCAGAGAUCCAAAGUGGCUUCUUUAAAAUCACAGCUCUGCACGCCUUCCUUGCUUUGCCUCCCAACAUCAUGGCUUCUUCUGAAACUACUCCUCCUAAUUUCUGGGGCGAUAUGCCCGAGGAAGACUACUACGCCUCUCAAGGAGUUCGCAAUUCUAAAUCUUACUUCCAGACUCCCAAUGGCAAAAUCUUUACUCAAUCCUUUCUUCCUCUGGAUCCCGCCACUCCCGUUAAGGCCACCGUCUUCAUGAGUCACGGCUACGGCUCCGACACCGGCUGGCUCUUCCAGAAGAUCUGCAUCCACUACGCCACCUGGGGCUACGCCGUCUUCGCCGCCGACCUCCUCGGCCACGGCAGAUCCGACGGCAUCCGAUGCUACCUCGGCGACAUGGAGAAGGUCGCCGCCUCUUCCCUCUCUUUCUUUCUUCAUGUCCGCCGGAGUGAGCAGUACAAGCAUCUUCCCGCUUUCCUCUUCGGCGAGUCCAUGGGCGGCGCCGCCACCAUGCUCAUGUACUUCCAAUCCGACCCCGACACGUGGACCGGUCUGAUCUUCUCGGCCCCGCUGUUCGUCAUGCCCGAGAACAUGAAGCCCAGCAAGGUUCGGCUGUUCCUGUACGGUCUGCUGUUCGGGAUAGCUGACACGUGGGCGACGAUGCCGGACAACAAAAUGGUGGGAAAAGCCAUAAAGGACCCUGAGAAGCUGAAGAUCAUAGCGUCCAAUCCCCGAAGGUACACGGGCCCACCUAGGGUUGGCACAAUGAGGGAGCUGGCUAGGGUGUGCCAGUACAUACAGGAUAAUUUCUCCCGAGUGACGGCGCCGUUUCUCACUGUCCACGGAACCGCCGACGGAGUGACAUGCCCGUCAUCUUCGCGUCUGCUGUACGAGAAAGCAUCCAGUGAGGACAAGAGCUUGAAGCUUUACGAUGGGAUGUACCAUUCGCUGAUCCAAGGGGAGCCCGACGACUGCGCUAAUCUGGUGUUGAAGGACAUGAGAGAGUGGAUUGAUGAGAGGGUCCGGAGGUAUGGGCCUAAGGAAUCUCAAUGAUUUGGGCUCCCACUGGCCCAAUUUUGUGGUUGGGCCCACAUUGUCUAAUCUUCCCAUUUUCAUGAAACGAAAUUUACUGCUACUACGGAGGUGUUUGGCUAUCAGGAAAAAUGCUUUUUUAAAAAUGCUUUUUACACAAAUCAAGAUAAACUCCUCCAUAUACUAAAAGUACUUUUAAAACCAUAGUUUUGAAUCCAUCCAAACAUCCUCUAAAAUGAAUUUACAAGUAUAGAUAUAUGAAUUUAUAUGAAUUGAUGAUGGUUGUUCUCUUUGAGCAUUAUUACCAUUAUAUGGUUUGUUGCCAUUGCACAAGCAAAGUCCAA